AUAAAGGAAUAUCAUCAUUAAAUCAAACAAAAUUAUCUGAACAAUUAACAAAUACAUCAAGCAAUAUUGAUUUAUAUAUAUAAAUACUUAUAAAAUAAAUUCAGAUGAAUCAUUAUUUGAAUUUGAUAUUGAAAAUAUUCCAAAACAUAAAGCACGUCUUGAACGUUGUCAAGUCUAUUCAAAUGUUCGUGUAUCACAUGUUGAUGAACAUCUUUCAUUUGUUUAUAUUAUGUUAAAUGAAGAUUGGAUAUCAGCUACAAGAAUGUUAAAUGAUACAUUUCAACAAACACUUUUAGAUAAACAAUCAAAUAUUGAUAUACCAAUAUUCAAAAAUGAUGGAUAUUAUAUGUGUAAAAGUCAAUCAUCUUGGCUUCGAUGUCGUUUAAUAACUAAAAUUAAUUUAAUAACAAAUGAAGAUAAUCUUGUAACUGCUCAUUUAAUUGAUGUUGGGAAUGGAAAGACAAAUCUUCGUGAAAUGCCACAAUCAUUAAUUCGUCAACCAAUUUGUUGUGUUCAAUGUCGUUUAGCAGGAAUAUCAAAUGUUUCAUUAGCUAAUUUAACAACAUUAUCAUCAUGUCAUCAAUUAUUAAAUUAUCAUGAUUAUGAAAUGCAUGUUAUUGGUAAUGAUUUAAUUCUUUUAAAUCAUAAUGAUGAAAAUAUAAAUGAUCAAAUAAUAAAUUUGAUUAAUCAAGUUUGUUAA